UGGCAGUUGCUGGUCAGUAACAGCCAAGAUGCUGCAGAAUCUGCUGGCUCUUCAUCAGAUUGGGCGGAGGACCAUAAGCGCUACUUCCCACAGGAAUUUUAAAAAUAAAGUUCCAGAGAAACAAAAACUAUUCCAGGAGGAUGAUGGAAUUCCACUGUAUCUAAAGGGUGGGAUAGCUGAUGCCCUCCUUCAUAGAGCCACCAUGAUUCGUACAGUUGGUGGAACAGCAUAUGCCAUGUAUCAGCAGGCUGUGGCUUCAUUUCCCAAGAAGCAGGGGUGACUUCAAUCAUCCCAGCAAUCACUUGGUUCACAUUCAUUCAGCUCUCUAUGGACCAGUAUUCUGAUAAAUAACCGAGCUCUUCUUUGGGUAUCAAUAUUUAUUGACUUGUAGUAACUGCCUCCAAUAAAACAGUCUUUACCAUGAAAAAAAAAAAAGAAAA